AUGAGAUUGUUUUGUUUAUUGACGUGGUUUGCGGGGGUUGUGUUUGGGGCAGCAAUCCAAACAUCCGGUGAAAAAACUGUCUACGAGCCCAAUCCACCUGUGACUAAACGUGUCUUGAUGGGUAUCAAUUUCACCCAUCCUGAGACCAAGCAGCCAAUGAAUAUUGAUGUAGGAAUUGAGUUAUACGGUAGUGUUGUGCCAAAAACGGUCGACAACUUUUAUGCGUUAGCCAAGGGAGUCAAGGGACAAUUAGGAGAAGAAGUGAUCGAUAUCUCAUACAAACAUACUAGGUUCUAUAGAAUUAUCUCUGAUUUCAUGAUGCAAGGUGGAAAUGUUCUACCUAAUGUGGGUCCAUUUUCUAUAUAUGGGUACAAAUUCGAUGACGAGUCGUUUGAUUUGAAGCACGAUAGACCUGGUCGUGUUUCCAUGGCUAAUGCGGGCCCAAACACAAAUGCUUGCCAAUUUUUCAUCACUACUUCAAAUGAACCUAUGCCUCAUUUGGAUGGUAAGCACGUUGUUUUCGGGCAAGUUAUCUCAGGUCUUGAAGAUCUUAUAAGAUAUGUUCAACACGUGGAAACUGACGAGCAUGACAAGCCACUUGACGACGUUACUAUUACGUACACAUAUUCUGAGGAACUAAAAAUCGGUAAUUUGGAACAGCAACACGAAGAUUGGAAAAAGAAGGUUGAACAAUUCAGAAACGGCGAUAAGUCCGUCGGUAUCACUCUAGAACAAGAACUCGCUCAGGGAGCCAAGGAUGAAGUCAAACUAGAGAACGACUACUACUAUUACCAACAUCCAUACGCAAAGUUCGUGUUUGGAAUGUUAUUCUUGGGUGGGUUAUUCACUGUUUAUGCUAACAGAAGAUCUAUUAUUCCUAGAGCAAGAAACAUCGUCUCUGUGAGAUCAUGA